AUGGUGUUUGCAGCCACAAGAGUGUUGUUGCGACGAAGCAUCGCUUCUUUGCCCGAAUUGCUGCAGAAGCGCAUCCGCAGUGAAGCUCACCAAGUGAUCAUCUCAGCUAACACGCAUGGGAGCCAAAGCGGUAUGGCACCGUGUGGAGGUGUCUUUGGUGUGAGGAGCCCGUCUUGCCUGAUGCACGAUAAAAAUCAAUCAUCACAACUACCGUAUGCGUCUCAGUUAUUUGGUAAAAUUCCGGAUUUUGGGAAAGACGAUGGAUCAAGGGAGGAUGGACAAAAGACUUGCGCAGAAGAAGGCAAAAAAACGGCGGAGAAGUGUCUUUCUGCAGAGCAGCGGGCCGUGCUUCAGCUUGCAUUGGAUGGAGCUCCUUUGUUUAUUGGUGGUGAUGCUGGUACAGGAAAGUCCUUUUUGCUGCGCUGCAUAGCAGAAGAACUUGAAGCAAAAGGUUUAAAUGUGGCCGUGACGGCAUCCACAGGUAUAGCUGCACUUGGAAUUAAUGGGAAUACCUUUCAUAGCACAUUUGGUGUUCCUGUCACCUCUGACGAUGAUAAGGAGACACCGGUGGCUGAGGCGGCAUCCCACAUUUGGUAUGAUCCCGAGUCAUUGGCGCUGCUGGAUGUUAUCAUCGUGGAUGAGGUGUCACUUUUGCAUGCUGGCCAUAUUGAAGCUUUGGACUUGGCGGCCCGCGCAGCUCCUGGGAGAUCCCAACAUCAACCAUUUGGUGGAAUCCAAGUUAUACUUUCCGGUGACUUCUUGCAACUCAUGCACGGUCGUCUGUGGUUAAGGGACAAGGGCGAUCGUAUCUUCUGCACAGGUGUGGAAAAAAAGGGUGCUGCACCCAUGGGGAUUUUGCAAGGGCCGGAGCAGCACACCCUUUUGGCAGAAGAGGCGUGUCCCCGUGAAGGUUCGUGGCACCAUAUUCAACGUGAAGAUGGUAUUUCCUCUGUGAAGAACCGCCGCCUGUUUUUGCAUCAGUAUUGUGAUUGUCCGGCUUACGAAAGCCCUGUUUUUCAGCACUGUUUGCUGCAUCUGCGGCUGCAGGAGCCCGUGCGUCAGAUGGAUGACCCGUCUUAUCUUGAGGACUUGAACAAGCUUCGUUUUGGGGUUCUGACGCACCGGUUGUCGCGCUCUGCUCUGCACAACCCCGAGGACCCUAACGCCAUCCGACUGUUUCCAGUGAAAAGGGCCGUGGCGGCGUUCAAUGCUUUAAAAAUGCUUGAGUUAAACGGUGAGGAACGCUACUUUAAGAGUGAGCUGCAGGUGACGACUUGCAGUGGGUCGGCGACACCCACGAGGGGGUGCAGGACGGGCGGUGGAAGGGCCUACCCUGACUUGCUCGUGAUUCACUUCCGCAACAAACCGAUGAGCUCUGCGAAGUGGCGGCGCCAGGCGGAGGAAUUGUUACGCCAGUUAUGCUCGAAGUGCAAACAAUGCGGUGAUGUACGGAUUAUGAUACCUCCCGCCCCUGCACGUUACUCGCCUCACUUAUCCGUGUAUGUUUGCUUCGUUGGAUCUAAGAAGCGGGUGGCAAUGGCUUCAAUGGAUGCGCUGCGAUCUGUGAUUGGCGAAAAAUUUCUCGCCAACUCAAAGGAUGCCGCGGCGGCCCGUAAACACUGGGGAACAAUUCUUUGGGAAACGCGAAAGAUCGACUUUCUGAAGCGUUUUCUUCGUUUCUCACUAGAGCGGCGAUAUGCCAAAGUUAUGCAACGCGAUCCCGUGUUGCAGCACAAGCGACUGAAGGUGGGAUGCCGCGUCAUGCUGCUGCGUAACCUCAACCAAAGUUAUGUGAACGGCUCACUUGGGACUGUUGUCAGCUUCCAGGAGCUGCGUCACGUUGAACACCUUCUUCCCAUGAAUCUCAAAGUGCUCUUGUCACCGAAGCAGUAUUCCUCAUUGAAGUCUUCGAAGCGACACCCGAACCGCAUACAUAUUCCGACGCGGGCGGUGCAGGGGACCGGCAGCAAUGACAAUGCAGGGACGAUUGUUCCCGUUGUGCGGAUGGACUUGGAUGGCAAGGAAGUGGCCAUCCCGUGGAUUUCCCUUCCGCUGCAAUCGGAACGGCGCGAGGGCAUCUGUGUGGUGCGCAUCACGGUCAUGCCUCUCACCCCGGCGUACGCCUACACAGUUCACAAGAUUCAGGGACUGACGUUUGACCACUCGGUUCUUUUUGACGGCAGCGGUUUUUUCCCCUGCGAUCACCUCAUAUACGUUGCUGCAAGCCGUGUGAAACGAUUUUCACAGUUUCGAAUGAUCAAUGUCUCGCCCCGCAUGGUCUCUGUUAACAGAGGUGCUCUGCGUUUUAUGUCCGGUAUUCCGCCUGUGGCCGAGGUGGCGGCGAAGUGGACUACGUGGAAGCGAACGCACAAAGUAAAGGAGCAGCGUCUAUUACCUGAGGGAGCUGCCAAGUUGUCUACGCCUUUGCCAUAUUUUUCGUUGUUCAGCGCAGAGUGGAGGCGUCGUUGUUCUGGGCGCAUGAAACAGAAAUGGCGUUCAUUAAUCAAAGAUGUCCAAACACCACGCAGAAUGUUUGGUGGUGAAUGCUGA